GCCUGCGCCGGGAGCCGCGCGGCGUCGGGCUCCGCAGUCCGUGGGAGUGUCCCCUAGAACGCGAUCCUGCUCUCCCGCGCAGGUGUUCAGGCGCUUCGUGGAGGUUGGCCGGGUGGCCUACGUCUCCUUCGGACCCCACGCCGGGAAGCUGGUCGCGAUCGUCGACGUCAUCGACCAGAACAGGGCGCUGGUGGAUGGACCCUGCACUCGCGUGAGGCGGCAGGCCAUGCCUUUCAAGUGCAUGCAGCUCACCGACUUCAUUCUCAAGUUUCCACACAGUGCCCGCCAGAGGUAUGUCCGACAAGCCUGGGAGAAAGCUGAUAUCAACAAGAAAUGGGCAGCCACCAGAUGGGCCAAGAAGAUCGAAGCCCGAGAGAGAAAAGCCAAGAUGACAGAUUUUGACCGUUACAAAGUCAUGAAAGCAAAGAAAAUGAGGAACAGGAUAAUCAAGAAUGAAGUGAAGAAGCUGCAGAGGGCAGCUAUCAUAAAAGCUUCUCCCAAAAAGGCACCUGUUGCAAAGGCUGCAGUUGCUGCUGCUGCAGCUGCAGCUGCUGCUGCUAAAGCUAAGGUUCCGGCCAAGAA